GACCGGAGCCGUGAAGGCCGUCUCCAGGUGACCCGCCAGGCCGGGUCGGGUCGGGCGUCGACGGACCGGGCGAGACGGCGUGUCGGGGCCGGGGGUGCGGGGCGAGGCCGGCCGCGGCGCGCGACACAAUGUGGCGACUCGUGCUGAGCUGGACAGUCGCAGUCAGCUGUGUCGGCUUUUCAUCAGCAGGCUGCGGCCUGUCGUCGGGACCCACGUGGCGGUCCGACGGCCGGUGCGGGGCCAGCUUCCCCCUGGCGACCGGCGAGGCGUCCACGUGCGACAAGCGGAGCGAGCGGCCCUGCUGCUCCGACUUCGGCUACUGCGGCACCUCCGAGAGCCACUGCUUGUGCGCCGAGUGCGUCGACUAUAGGGCCGUACAGCAGCCCGAGGGCUGUCUCAUACGCUACGCCGGCCUGGAGGGCGUGAUGGAGUCGCAAGGCUACCCUUCGUCGUACCCUCCCAACCUCGACUGCUGCUACGACAUCCAGCGGCCAGACGAGGGCUACUGCGGCGUCAAACUUUACUGUGAGUGA